UGCUACUAAGUAGAUCCUUAGGGCAUUUGGCCAGACUGUCGGGCUGCCGGCAGCACCUCAGUAGUCAACUCACUCCAAAAACACACUUUCCUCCCUACCCUCUCAUAAUCGUUGGCUUGGUAACGUCGGCUCCGGGAUAAGGAAAUGCUGCCUACUGCAGGCUGACACAGCUGUCAAGCAACCCCCCCAUCUAUCCCAACAGCCGCCCUCACUCACUCAGGCUUGUUUGAAGUAAUACCAUGCAGAACGCUGGCAGCACAUAGCUGUACGCAAGACAACGUUAUUCUUACACAGAAAUUCAAGCAAGGUACAGGAAAAAAGGCACGGAACGCAAAUGAAAGGGACAGGAAGUGGGGCAAGAGGAAUUACUUUCGCAAAACCGGAAAAGCAGAGUGAGAACCGGAAGUGGGGCAUAGUGUAAGAAGAAGGCUGGGUUAAUUGAUAGAGUUGGGAAAGAGUGGAAUAAAUACUGCACCUGUACAGACAGCGGCUUCAAACAAAGAAACAAUGUUGUUGAAUCCAGUCAUUUCAAAGCUUGCUGGGAAACGGGUGGUUUUGGCAAGCGCAUCUCCUCGAAGACAAGAUAUUCUCACUAAUGUGGGGCUCCGAUUUGAAGUAGUUCCAUCUUGGUUUAAAGAAACUCUAGAUAAGUCAGUGUUCUCUGCACCGUAUGAAUACGCAGUGGAAACAGCCAAACAGAAGGCACUUGAGGUGGCCAGAAGAAUGCACAUGAAGCAUCUUAAAACUCCUGAUAUUGUCAUUGGAGCUGACACAAUUGUGACACUAGAAGAUGCAAUCCUUGAAAAGCCUGUUGAUAAACAAGAUGCAUAUAAUAUGCUAUCAAGGUUAAGUGGAAAAGAACACAGUGUUUUUACAGGCGUUGCUAUUGUUCAUUGCAAGAGUCAAGAAGACAAUCAACUGGAGACGGACGUUUUUGAUUUCUAUGAAGAAACUAAAGUAAAAUUUGCUGAUUUAUCAGAGGACCUUCUGUGGGAAUAUGUUCACAGUGGAGAGCCUAUGGACAAAGCAGGUGGUUAUGGAAUCCAGUCUCUUGGAGGAAUGCUAGUAGAACGUGUGCACGGGGAUUUUCUUAAUGUUGUAGGGUUUCCUCUCAAUCACUUCUGCAAAAAAUUAGCAGAGAUCUACUAUCCCCCAUCAAAACAAACCAUUAAUCGCAUCAAGCACGAUUCUAUCCCUUAUGUAGAGACAUUUGAAAACCUAAGUGACAUAGAGCAAGACUGUUGUGUCAAGAGUGAAGCACUUAAUGCGAAGACAGGAAUACAAGAAAAAUGUAAUUAUGCCUUUAAAAAUAAAUCAUCAAAUGUCACUGUGCCCGAUACAGCAGCACUGCAAAAUGGAAUCCCAGAAAGAAGUAGCGACCAUUUACAGCUUCCAGCAAAUAUUAUCCAACUUCUGGAUGGAUUUAAAGCAUCCAAGACAUUGUUUGCAGCCUGUAAACUGAAGGUCUUCGAUAAGCUGAAAGAUAAACGUGCCUUGAAGGCCGAAGAUAUUGCAGAUGAGAUUAAUGCCUCUUUAUGUGGAACAGAGAAGCUUCUUGAUGCCUGUGUUGCCCUUGGCCUCUUGGAGAAAACUCAUCAAGUCACUGUAGUAUAUAGCAACACGGAAGCUGCCAAUACAUUUCUAGCUUGUGAUAGUGAGUUCUCCAUACAUGAAUACAUUAUACACUCAAAUGACCAUAUGUGGCCGCUGUUUACACACCUGGAAUUUGCAGUCAAAGAGGGAACCUGUCAAAAGCAGAGGGUCUUUGAGAAAAGCACACAUGGUCUAAUUCAUGAUACCCAUCUCUGCAAUCAAGACAGGAGAAAAAACUUUAUGGCUGCCAAUCAUGGCAUGAUGAAAAUAACUGCUAAGGAUGUUGCAACUGCAUUUGAUCUUUUUAAAUAUGCUUCUGCUUGUGAUUUAGGAGGCUGCACUGGUGCACUUGCUCAUGAUUUGAUUCAGAUUUACCCAAAUAUGAAAGUCAAUGUCUUUGACUUGCCUGGAGUUAUUGAAAAUGUUUGCCACUUUCAGCCUGAGCACUUUGAUUCAUCUCGCAUAUCGUUUACAUCAGGUAACUUUCUGGAAGACAAUCUCCCUGAAGCUGACCUUUAUAUUCUUUCACGAGUAGUACAUGACUUGACUGAUGAAAAACUAAACUGUCUUUUACAAAAGAUAUCUGAUGCCUGUCAUCUAGAUAGAAGUGCCUUAUUACUUGCCGAAAUUGUACUCGAUGAAGAGAAAAGGGAACCAAGAGCAUUGCUGCAGUCUCUCAGCAUGAGUGAAGGAAAGCAAAGAAGUGGCUCUGAAUACCGCCGGCUCCUGCAAAGUUAUGGCUUUACCAAUGUCCUGGUUAGGAAAACGGGCAAUCUCCUAGAUGCAGUUUUGGCUUUUAAAAGUUAACAUUGGCUAGGCAAAUAUGGGUUAGUCUUGUUUAUUUAAUGAUUUGUUACGUUUGAGAGUGGAUAUAAUUAUAAUUGUAAUUUUGUAUUUUUACUGAUUUAGCAUUUUAAGUUGCAGAGGAAAUAUAACCCAUUUAUUCAGAGGGGUUGUUUUCUAGCCAAGCAGGCAGUAUGUUACAUAUUAAUGUUAUGGUAUGAGAGGGAGCUGUAAUUUUGCACCAGGGAGUUAUAAUUUUUAUUGUAAAUGAGGAAAAUUGUGCAGACUGACUAACAACGAUAAAUCUAUUUUGUCAAAA